AUGGGUUCCCAUUAUUUUGCACAAGCCCUAGCAAUGGUGCUAAUUGCUUCAAUGCUGGCAGUUGGCUUAGCCAAUAAGGAUUGGCAACAUGGCAACUACACUGGUUGGGGUUUCAACCAUGGCUCAUAUCACCUCAACGAGACCAAAGGACCCAACAAAAUCACAGUUGGUGGGUCAGAAAAGUGGCAUUACGGAUUUGACUACAAACAAUGGGCGUCGAAGAAUGGUCCGUUUUACAUCAAUGACACUCUAGUUUUCAAGUAUGAUCCACCAAAUGACACCACACGUCCUCACAGCGUGUACUUGUUCCAAAACCCUUGGAGCUUCAUGAAGUGUAAUUUAAGCCAAGCCAAGAUGGUAGGAAAACCGACACAAGGAGGCGGAAAAGGCUUUGAGUUUGUGCUCAAGAGGUGGCAGCCAUACUACUUCGCUUGCGGCGAGCACAAUGGCCUCCAUUGUAAGGACGGACUGAUGAGGUUCGUCGUCUUCCCAAUGUUUCGCGGCUGGCAUUACUGAUCUUCUGGCAAUGGAGCAUUUCUAAUUUUCAUAAUUGUUAAUUACUUUUUGAACAAAUAACAAGACUUGGUGUGCAAGUUUUGAGAGAGUAUAGUUGAUAAUUUCAUAAUUAUUAACUCUUGUUAACUAGUGUAAGAUAUAAUACAUUAUAUGAUACGUGUGCCGUUUUUUGUAACAGAACUUUAUAAACAAGCAAUUAGAAAUUCAUUGUC